GCUACUAGUACAGCAUACACAGUAUGCAAGGAGCGAUGUCUAUGAUUUUUGUUUUGUUUGCUUUUUUGGUCCUUCUCCAUCUUCUCACUUUUCCUGUUUCAGCUCAGUCAGACUGCUCUCUGCCUUCCCAGUCAAAUAUAACUCAUUUUAUCACAGAAUUCCUUACUCACAAUGAUGCCGGAAGUGUGGAAUAUUCUCCUACAAUCAUUGGUUCUGUGCAUUAUGUAUGUCAAGCUCAAGGCAGCAGAAGAGGUACCUACAGAUCACUCUCCAUCAUUGCUACCUACACUCCUAAUCCUGGACAGUCUCAGACAACAGGCAUAUUCCAGUUAAUGUGUAGCUCUGGAUCAUGGGAAGCUGAUCUUGAUGGAGGAAUUCCUGUACCAGUGUCUGGGCUCAUUGAUAUACCCACUCGCACUGACUGUCUGCUCUGCAAUCAUACCUUUGGUAGUGAUAGGUGUCAUGCCUGUGGCAGUAGUUGCAAUACUGGUCUCAAAAGAUGUGUUGGGUCACAGACCAAUUGCUGUUCUUAUUUCUCUCCAACUGAUCAGUGUACCACACAAUGUCCCACUAACUUUUAUACACCUACUUCUACUGACUUUAUUUGUAGUAUUUGUAGCAAUAGCUGUGAAGCUGGUUAUACUCGAAACACUACUACCUGUACUUGUUCACUAUCAAAUAUAUGUGAACUGAGUCCUUGUCAGAAUGGAGGUAGUUGUACACUUGUUUCAGCUCCUUCUAAUUACAGCUGUGAUUGUACUGGUACUGGCUAUCAAGGACUAAACUGUUCGACACGUAUUUAUGAUUGGAGUACAGCUGCCAGUAAACAUGUCAUUGGUAUAUUACCACUACCAGUGACAGUGAAAUUUGGAAUCAUUGACCUUGUCAUCACUACACCAGAAACAGAAGCAGUGAACUUUACAGUCAGUAAUCUCACCCAAACAAUAGCUAAUGGUUCAGUUACUGCUGGUACAUCAACAACUAUCUGGGACAGUAUAUUAUUGUCUUAUGCUGUCAAUAGUGAAUUAGAGAGAUAUAAAGGUCUACUAGUAACAACUGGAACAGAUAAGAAAAUAUCAGUAACUGUAGCAAUUACUGAUCCUUUUCAUUCUGCAGCAGUUUAUAUCAACUAUCCAGUCUUGUUUUACCCAGUCAAUAGUUAUGUGUAUUAUGCUGUGUCUAUUGGUACAGAUGAAUCAACCUCAUUCUCAUCUCUCCUAAUAGUCUCUAGUAAUAAUAAUACCAAUAUAAGAAUCACACCAACAGUGACUGUUACUAUACCAUCUAGUGUCGCUCAAUGUCUGAUUUCAACUAAUGAUCAAAUGCAGAUCAGUCUUGAAGCUGGACAAUCAAUAACAAUACAAUUACAAUACCUGGAGACAUUUUUACUCAAACCAGCUGUAGAAAAAGCUGAUUUAACAGGAACAAAACUUAAAUCUAAUAGUCCAAUAUCUGUCUAUUCUGGUCACUCUUGUGUUGUUGGUCAAUCUGCUUGUAACUUUGCUGGUGAGCAAAUACCACCAGUAGCCUCAUGGGGUAAUGAGUUCCUGGUUCAAUCAUAUAAUCGUCAAUCUAGUUAUAAAUUGAAACUAAUUGGAUCACAGGCUAAUACCAAUGUCAAUAUAUUGUGUGAUGAAGGUAACAGCACUUAUUCACUAUCCCUUCAAGAAGGUGGUGUACUGAGUCAAACUAUAUUAUCUCAAACUAGUUGUUAUGUUAGUUCAACUAGUCCAAUACUUGUGGCUUGGUUCUCAGUAGCUGAACGUGAUAUGACAAUCAUUCCUCCACUGCAUCAAUAUGCUUCUAACGUAACUAGUAUUCCAAACAUAAUUAUGCUUGGUGAUUCUUUUGUUAAUCUUGUGGUACUUGCUGCUGAUGAUUCGUCACAGAUACGACUGAAUAGCAUGCCUCUUCCAUCCCUCACGUCCAGUUCAUGGGAAUAUUACAGUACUUUUGUUAAUGGUUGUUAUGUGUUUAACAGUUAUAGUUUAUUUAACUAUGGUGAGGUUACUAUUUGGUCUAAUAACAGUGACGACAAGAUAUUGGCAAUGGUUUAUGGUUAUUAUCAAACAUAUUUUUAUUCUGGAAGCAUAGACCUAAAACCUUCUGAAGGUUAUAUAUGUGAACUGAGUCCUUGUCAGAAUGGAGGUAGUUGUACACUUGUUUCAGCUCCUUUUAAUUACACCUGUAAUUGUACUGAUACUGGCUAUCAAGGAAUUAAUUGCUCAACCCCUAUUCCAUGUAAAACUGGAUCAAUCAAUCUUGUCAAUGGUUCACAUGAUUGGGAAGGAAGAGUGGAAGUGUAUAUUAAUGAAUCAUGGGGCACUGUCUGUGAUAAUAACUGGGACUCUACUGAUGCAGCAGUAGUGUGUAGACAACUAGGCUGGGGAACAAGUGGAAGCCCUCUAUCAUUUGCCAACUUUGGUCAGGGUGCUGUUUUUCACCUGGAUAAUGUUCAGUGCUUAGGAACUGAGCAGCUAUUGACAAACUGCACACAUUUGAGCACCCACAACUGGUGGAAACUCUAAGGAUGCUGGAG